AUGGCGUCGCGACUUGCACGAAGCACUCUAGGUGCCACUCGUCUCCGCCCAAGUGCUCCAAUCCGUAAUCUACCGGUCCUCACAACACACCUUACUUCCACUCGACAAGCAUCCAACGUACCAGCAGAAGACCCAAAGAAGAAGGCACAGUCGAUUAUCGACGCUCUGCCGGGAAGUUCACUCAUAUCCAAGACAGCUCUUCUGUCCGCAGGAACAGGCGUUUCGAUCUGGGCCAUCAGCAAUGAACUUUACGUCCUCAACGAAGAAUCGGUUGUUGCAUUCUGUAUGCUGAGUGUGUUCUACGGAAUUUUCAAAUAUGCCGGCCCGAUGUACAAAGAUUGGGCGGAUGGUCAAAUCCAAAGGAUCAAGGACAUCAUGAACACAGCCAGAGCAGGGCAUGCGGAUGCCGUCAAAGCACGCAUUGAGGAUGUGAAGCCGCUGAGCAAUGUAGUCGACAUUACGAAACAGCUCUUUGAGGAAACCGCCAAACUUGAGGCCCAAGCCUUUGAGCUCGAGCAAAAGACUGCACUUGCGUCCGAGGCAAAGACCGUGCUUGAUUCAUGGGUCAGGUACGAAGGCCAGGUAAAGGCCAGACAACAAAAGGAGUUGGCAGACACAAUCAUUGCCAAGAUCAACAAAGAGCUUGAGAAUCCGAAGGUCCUCCAGCAGAUCUUGCAGCAGAGUGUCGCUGAUGUUGAGAGGGUGGUGUCUUCAAAGGCUCAAUGA